UUUCGCUCGCGCGCCGCAUCCCUUCCUCUCGAGCCCUUUGUGUUUGAAACUCUCAUAUCUCACAUAUCAAUAAUUCAAGUGCGCGCGAGAGAGAGCAGACGGAGCUCGCCCGCCCCCCCGCGCGCGCUAUGAGUUGCGCUGCCUCGUCACUCGUCCAGGGCCCCUCCGCACCGAGCACCACUCUCGCUUUCUGUGUUUCUAAGUGACAGAAAAGCUGCCGAGAAGUGAGAAAAGAGGGAAAGAAAAGGUGAAAAGCGCUGCUGACUCCGCUGGAGGUACGGGGGUAAUAACGCAAAUCUCGAGGAAAAAAAACAAGAAGGGAGAAGAGACACCUCAGAAUAAACCGUCUCUCCUUAAAGAGAGUCUGCGAGGGAGUUUACUGUAGGCUAAUUACAUCCAAGAAAACGGAGUGGCAUCUAGGUGUACUGCGAGCCUUUUUAAGGUUAAUCGGGGGAACACCGGGAACUCUUUUUUGACUUUUUUUAAAGGGGACGAGACCCACAGUUUGAGGUGUGACCACGACCGAAGAAGUUCACCGCUCUGGUCCGGCAUGUUGGCGUUUUGCCUCCUAAGUGCCGUGUGGCUCGCGGCGAGCCCGGCCCGCGCCCAGAACGAGACGGAACCAAUCGUCCUGGAGGGAAAGUGCCUGGUGGUGUGCGACUCCAACCCCACCGCGGACCCCACGGGCACGGCGCUCGGGAUCUCUGUGCGCUCGGGCAGCGCCAAGGUGGCGUUCUCCGCAGUCCGGAACACCAACCACGAGCCCUCCGAGAUGAGCAACCGGACUAUGGUCAUCUACUUCGAUCGGGUUUUAGUAAACGUUGGGAAGAAUUUUGACGAGGAGAAAAGUAACUUCUACGCGCCGCGCAAAGGGAUUUACAGUUUUAACUUCCACGUAGUCAAAGUCUACAACCGCCAAACCAUACAGGUGAGCCUGAUGCACAACGGCUGGCCGGUGAUUUCUGCAUUUGCCGGCGACCAAGACGUGACGCGCGAGGCGGCCAGCAACGGCGUCCUCAUCCAGAUGGAGAAAGGGGACCGGGCCUACCUCAAACUGGAGAGAGGAAACCUCAUGGGAGGAUGGAAAUACUCCACCUUCUCCGGCUUCCUGGUGUUCCCCAUGUAGAGAGGAGGAGGAGGAGGAGGAGGAGCGGGGGUGGAAAUGAAGGAGGAGGCGCUGGUGGAAAACGGAAAAGUGCGGUGAAGGUGACGGAAAAAGGCAACGCGCGGAGGAAGAUGGGCGCGGGAAACGGUAAAAGGACACGGACGAGAGGAAAAGGAGAAGAAGCGGGAAUGUGACAGCAGACUUCUGUUUGGAACGCUGCAGCGGGAGGCGAGAUGAGGAAGGAUGAGGGAUGUUAGAGAGAUAUGAGAUACGAGGGUAGAGCGCCAGUACACGAGUGUACGGCCGGCUUCUUCACUUCCCUUCCUCCUUUCAUCUGUCCUUUUCAUACAUCCCUUUCCUCCCUCUGUGUUCUCUGUGGCUCGACUACAGCUUUGGACAGCCAAAACUUUUUUUAUUCUCCGCUGAAAGACGCAUUUGAUCAUUUAUAUGUUCUAAAGCCCAAGUGUAACCCUCCCUCCCUCCUUCCCUCCCUCCCUCCAUCCAUCCUCCGCCCACUCAUCCCGUCGUUUUGUUCAUUGAUCACCAUCAACAUGAGCUUUGAGGAAUGUUUCUUGAUGAACUGGUCCCCACAUUACCUGUGUCCCGUAAACCAUUUGAACAUAAAUUGCACUGAUUUCGGAUCAGCCUCUACCACGAAGCCAAAAUAGAAUUUUUAUAGCGGGAAACACUGAACUCUGAUCACAAAAUCAGAGGCUGAGGACACAUUUACCUUCCCUGUGAAGCUGUGUUUUAUAUAUCCUGUAACAUUCCCCCUUUAUGUAACCCUCGCUCAUAACCUUGCACAUAGUAGUAUUAAACUUUAUAAUGUAUUUUUAUUUAUUUAUUUAUUUGGGGGGGGGGGGCUCGUGGCUUUUGUUUAAAGUCAGGUAAAGAUCCUAAUCUUGUUUAAAUUGUCAGAAAAAAAGUGCAAUUUAAAGGACAAGACACAAUAUUCCCUUCCAUUAACCAAAGUGGCCACUGAAACAAGAUUCCUAACGCGUCUUGUGUCAAAGUUCCUUCAUUUGUUUCACCAUCCACCUAUUUGCUUUAGUGUUUUUGACAUCUUCCUCUGCAAACAUUAGACUCAACCGUCAUCCUUCACACGUCCAUCUCCUCUCUCCAUGUCUGCUUCCCUUCCUCCCCAGGAUUCUUUCCCCUUCAGCUAUGCUGUUUCCCCACCAGUGCAGAUUCCUCUCUCUUCCUUUUUGUAUACCUCCGUGAACCCCCCCCAACACACUCACUUCACUCGCUCCUUUCAUCAUCCCUCCAUCCCCCCUCCCCCUUCCACACAUCUUUAUCUGCUGCUGUAUUUGUUCGCCUCCCAGCACGGGUCCUUCCUUGCUUUUCUUCAAUGUUGGACUGUGGACACUGAAACAACCAUGAACUUUAAUAUAUAUAUAUAUAUAAAAUUUACACGGUAUAUAUAUAUAUAAAUAUAUCAAGACUUAAGCCACUGUUUCUAUUCUCCUGGUAUUAUGAUGAUAAUAAUGGUAAUACUAAUACUGAAAACUGAAUCUGGUUGAUGACUAUAAUAUCUGUAUUUCCGUACUUCAGUGUUAUUUAAAAGAAAAAAAAAAUAUUCUAAGAGAAACUUACUAGUGAUUGUGUGGAAAUCUGAGGCGGCUGCCAUUCUGCUCUUCUGAUUAAAAAAAAAAAACAUGCUUCUUGUUUUUGUUUUGGGUCAAACCAAGUUGUGGCUAAAAAGCUGAGACUAUAUAAAAAGAAUUAUAGCUAAAAGGACUUUUAUUAUUAUUAUUAUUAUUAUUAUUAUUAUUUUGACUGUAAAAUACAUGUGAAUAUUUAGACUAUGACAGUAUCCUUUGAUUUCUCAAUCAAUCAACUCAAUUUAUCUACUGUUUUCUUAUUUAUUUGCUCUGAAGAAAUCAAUAAAAUUAAAUGGUACUUUUAUUUUUCUUAAACCUA